AUGGCAGCUCUCAACACACGGCAUGGCCAUGAGAAAUGGCGGCGCGUGGUUGGUCUGCUACUGCUGUUCACGACUGUCAUUCUGUGGACCGCCUCUAACUUCAUGGCUUCCACACUAUUCGCCGACAACACCUACUCGAAGCCCUACCUCGUCACUUACGUUAACACCGCCUGCUUCAUCAUACCGCUCUUGCCUAUUGUCGUGCGACGCCUGUACCUAAGCGGCUCCCUUAAGACGCCGAGAUACGCUGCUGUGCCUCAGGAUCACGACGAAGAUGGAUACACACAAGAGCACACCAGUGAUUCUACUUCACAAAAGUAUAUGGUCAUGGACGAUGCUCAAGGUGUACAUCCCUUGUCCUUGGGCGAGACCGCUCGUCUAAGUCUGGAGUUUUGUAUCCUCUGGUUCCUGGCCAACUAUUUUGUCGCUGCUUGUCUGGAACAUACGACUGUCGCUUCGUCUACCAUUCUUACUUCGACGAGCAGUAUCUUUACUCUACUUCUGGGAUGUGCCGUGGGGGUCGAGAUCUUUACCCUGAAGAAAUUGCUUGGAGUUCUAGCUUCUCUACUCGGAGUCGUCCUCAUCUCUUCUGUCGACCUCUUUGGCGACAAUGAUGAUGGUCGUGGCCUGUUUCCUCACAAAUCUGCUCGUCAAGUUGCUCUGGGUGAUGCAAUGGCUUUGCUUUCUGCUGUCUUGUACGGUAUCUAUGCCGUACUCAUGAAGAAACGCAUUGGAGACGAGCGUAGAAUAAGCAUGCCCGUUUUCUUUGGCCUUGUGGGUCUCUUCAACGUACUGCUUCUCUGGCCUGGGUUCUUGAUCUUGCACUUUACUGGUGUAGAACCUUUCGAGUUGCCUCCAACCUCGAGGGUCACAACGAUUAUUCUCGUCAACUCAUUCAGCUCCUUGCUCUCUGAUAUCGCAUGGGCAUACGCUGUUCUACUCACAUCGCCAAUUGUCGUGACAGUGGGUCUCUCGACCACAAUCCCGCUCUCUCUGAUCGGACAAUUGCUCAUCAACAAUCAAACCUCGCCUGCGAUUUACUGGCUGGGUGCUUGUGUCGUUGUUUUGUCUUUUGUGUUUGUCAACCAUGAAGAAGCUCAAGAUGAGGCUGCUCAAGAUCAACGCAUUCUAGAACAAGCAUCGUCGAGUAGAGAGGCGGCACAGCAGCAUGAGGAAGCAUGA